UUUCUUCCUUCUCUUUUUCAAAUCCAUUCUCGAUUCCCAUCACUGCAAGUUAAAGAAGAUGCAAAUAUAUUGUAUUUCACGUAUGUAUCUAACUAUAGAAAAUGCUUUAAAAAAUUUGUGAAAUGUGUAGGACAUGAGAAUAUUCGUCUCCCAUCAUUCAUCUAUCUUUCUAACUUGCUUCCCCAACAGAAUAACUUCAUCACAUAUUGUCGUAUAUAAGUAUCCCAUUUGAUGAUUGAUCAACAAAAUCAAUACAAAAAGUGCAAAUUCAAGCAAAAUGGCUUCAGAUUCUAGCACCACUAAAAUCUACCCCAUCAAAACCAUCGUUGUUCUGGUUCAAGAGAACCGUUCCUUUGACCAUAUGCUAGGUUGGAUGAAGUCCCUCAACCCAGAAAUCAAUGGUGUCACCGGUUCUGAGUCGAACCCGGUUUCUACAUCAGACCCCAACUCGAACCGGAUUAAAUUUGGUGACCGGUCUAUCUAUGUUGACCCAGAUCCCGGCCACUCAAUCCAAGACAUCUACGAGCAAAUCUUCGGAGAGCCGUGGAGUGUGGCCUCGGAGGCAAAGAAGCUGCCGCCAACAAUGGAAGGCUUUGCUCAAAACGCGUCGAGGCAAGAGAAGCCUAAGAAGAAUACCACGGUGAAAAUGACCGAGGCGGUUAUGAAUGGGUUCAAACCGGAAUUGGUGCCGGUCAGCAAAGAGUUAAUCAAAGAGUUUGCGGUUUGUGACCGUUGGUUUGCUUCGGUUCCUGCAUCGACUCAACCGAACCGGCUUUAUGUGCACUCUGCGACGUCGCAUGGGUUGAGCAGCAAUGACACGAAUAAGCUUAUUGGAGGGUUGCCCCAGAAAACCAUAUUCGAUUCCCUUCAAGAAAAUGGGUUCAGUUUUGGGAUCUAUUAUCAACAACUACCAUCCACUCUUUUCUACAGGAGUCUUAGGAAAUUGAAAAACAUAGAUAACUUCCUUCCGUUUGACCUAACAUUCAAGAAGCACUGUCAAGAAGGGAAGCUGCCAAACUAUGUGGUGGUUGAACAAAGAUAUAACGACCUGUUAUUAGCACCAGGGAAUGACGAUCAUCCAUCUCAUGAUGUUGCAGAAGGACAAAAGUUUAUAAAAGAAGUUUAUGAAGCUCUUAGAGGUAGCCCACAAUGGAAUGAGAUCUUGUUUGUGAUCACAUACGACGAGCAUGGAGGAUUCUACGAUCAUGUGCCUACACCCGUGGAAGGAGUGCCAAGUCCAGAUGACAUUGUGGGUCCUGAUCCAUUCAAGUUCAUAUUUGAUAGGCUUGGGGUUAGAGUUCCAGCUAUCAUUAUUUCUCCAUGGAUUGAACAAGGAAAAGUUUUGCACGAGCCUUCUGGACCAUUCCCGACAUCACAAUAUGAGCAUUCUUCUAUUCCAGCAACCGUUAAGAAAAUAUUCAAUCUACCCAAAUUUUUGACAAAGCGAGAUGCAUGGGCUGGAACAUUUGAGGGACUUUUAACUCGAAGCAGCCCACGAACUGAUUGUCCAGAGACAUUGCCUAACCCAAUAAAACUACGGGAGGCAGCAGCUAAUGAAGAGGCUAAGUUGAGUGAGUUUCAGGAAGAGUUGGUACAAUUGGCAGCUACUCUAAAUGGGGAUCAUAGAAAGAGUAUAUAUCCCAACAAGCUAACUGAGAACAUGAGUGUUUCAGACGCGGCUAAAUAUGUUGAAGAUGCAUUUAAGACAUUCUUGUAUGAGUGUGAGAAAGCAAGGCAAAAUGGAGCUGAUGAAUCUGAAAUUGUAGAAUGUGCCGAUUGUGCUAGCGCACAUGCACCAUCCAAUUCCAGAAACUUCCUUAACAAGAUGUUGUCUUGUAUAACGUGUAAUCGUUGAUUAACUUUUACAUUUUUCACAAUUUCAUUUAUAUAUAUACCAAAUAAAACGUUAUGUUAUGUA